GGACGGUGAACUUUUUUUUGGGACGGGCUAUUUGGCGCGUUGGCUGUGGUGGCCUUACGAUUGAGGCUUGCAGGCGCGCCGGCCUGUCUGCGGAGGGAGAGACGUCCUGCCCAAUUGGGGAGGGGAGUGUGGGCCAAUUGGAUGGGGGACCUUUGGUUGGUAUUGGCAAUGGUUUUCAACUACAAGCUUACACGAAGCUUCGAUGGACGAAGGUUGCGUGUGUUUUUUUUUCUUCUUUUUUUUUUGUUCAAGAAAUCAUCCAAAAAGUUAGUAUUCUCACAAUUCAUAGUAGACGGUCAGAAAGAUGCCAUGUCUGGAACCAACAGCUCGGCAAGGCCUCCUCCUCCACGCACGGGGUCGGCAAACGUCCAACAACAGGCGACGGUACCAAAAACGGUUCACCGACAUGAUAUCGACACUCGCCGUACUACCCUGCAGUCUUGUUCUUCUAACAAUGAGAAUGCCAUGAUGCUGGCCGUCCGGUUCCUAACCGCCCACCUCGGCGCUUACAGCCCCGGCCGCAUAACCGCCCGCCGACGGCCCCGUCCGGGGGAGCCCAGGCGCUUACGGAUGGAGCUCGGCCGGCCAGCCAGAAAAAGUCGUACCCUGGCCCUGGUUUCCGUCUGUCGCACGGUGCCCAUCGGUCUGCUCCUGAGACUAUCUGGCGUCCCGUGCAAGGACAUGAUACCGCUUUGCUUUGCCUCUGGCGGUUAAUCAACGAGCAAUUCCGUCGCGGACCCGACUCGUGCUGGCCACUCCUGUGUGUGUAUCCCAUCAGGGGCGAUAAGGCCCCAUCUCCACUUAUUUCUCCGCACUACACGCACGUGACAAGAAUACAUGACGCAACAACAUUUAUCUCAAUGUUAUUUUGUAUAGCAAC